AUGACUGACGCGGCUUCCACCCAUGCAAAGGAGCCUGAAGCAAAAUCCACAGAGACUGAAGAGAAACCCAAAAGCCGAGAGCUUUGGGAAAAUACGAUCAACGAGAUUAUCGACAAGAUAAAAUGCGGGUUGAGGUUCAAAAAUCACGCUGGAAAAGAAGUCAAUCUCCGGGAUGUGGAUAAGAAGAUUCUCAACUCGGCGGUUCACUUCUUCGAGAUUGUUAGAGGACUUGCAGCCUGUGAUCCCACUGGCCAUGGUAGGAUGUCCCGUGGUAUCAUUUUAUUUGCUUAUAGGACCUCAGUUUCUAAUGCGAGGAUAAUCGUCUCACUUGGAUUGACCGAGUAUACCAAGUCAUUCUAG